UACAGCUUGAAUUCCAGCUCUCAGGAAAGACGAGUUUCCCAAUGUAGGAUACAUGGCACAACAUACAUCAUCAAGAAGCAGCAGCAAGGAUUGAGUGAGAAAAAAGGCAAUGUCCCAGCGAGCAGAGUCUUCCCAAUUCGGCGGCGUUGUGGUCGAGUUCGAGCCCGACGACAUCAGGAAUGCCAGAGCCAAAAAAGCCAGGAGUAUACCAGGGUCAGCGCUUAUCUACCUCAAGGGUCCUAAGUUCCUCAUCUAUGUCAGUGGAGCGUUGUCAAUGUGGGGUGACCGAAUGUGGCACUUUGCCAUCUCCGUGUUUUUGAUUGAGCUGUAUGGACGUAACUUGCUGUUGACUGCAGUGUUCGGCCUCGUGGUGGCUGGCUCGGUGCUCCUGCUCGGAGCUUUGAUUGGAGACUGGGUUGACCGUAAUCCCCGGAAUAAAGUUGCACAUGCAUCUCUUUUCAUCCAGAACAUCUCAGUGACAAUAUGUAGCAUUGUGCUCAUGUUGGUGUUCUCAUAUAAGCAAAGGAUUGAGCAGAUCUGGGAUGGCUGGCUUACUGUGGUUUGUUAUACGGUGGUGAUCGUCCUGGCAGAUGUGGCAAACCUUGCAAGCACAGCGCUGACCAUUGCCAUCCAGCGGGACUGGAUCGUAGUCAUCACCGGCUACAACCGGGGCCACCUGGCUGGAAUGAAUGCCACCAUGAGGCGGAUAGAUCAGGUGACUAACAUCCUGGCUCCACUAGCGGUGGGACAGGUCAUGACCCUGGCCUCCAAUGUAGUUGGAUGUGGCUUCAUCCUGGGAUGGAACCUUGUGUCUCUCAUAGUGGAGUUCUUCUUCUUGUCCCGGGUGUACCGCAUCGUUCCUGCUCUUUCUGUCAAACCGCCAGUGGUGGAGCUGGAUCACACCAAUCUGCAAGGGAUGGAGAGGAGAGGAUCGCAAGGGGAAGGCCAAGUUGUUCAGCCUCUGGCAGAAGGCAACAGUGACGGCAGCCUACACUUAAAAGAGAUCACCUACCUCCCCUUGUGCUUCCGGAGGUUUCGCUGGCUGGUGAGCACCUGCAAAGACGGAUGGAGGGCCUACUAUCAUCAGCCUGUGUUCCUGGCAGGAAUGGGCCUGGCUUUCCUCUACACCACAGUGCUGGGCUUUGACUGCAUCACAACUGGCUACGCCUACACUCAGGGCAUAAGCGGCUCCCUCCUCAGUUUAUUGAUGGGUGUAUCGGCCAUCACAGGGUUGAUGGGGACUGUCAUGUUUACGAGACUAAGGAAGACAUACGGUCUAGUCAACACCGGCAUCAUCUCUAGCGGCCUCCACCUGGGCUGCUUGCUACUGUGCGUGUGCUCCGUGUUUGCCCCGGGCAGCCCCAUGGAUCUUAGCUUGUUGAUGCCCUACUUUACCUCGAACUCCUCCUCUGAGCUUGGAGGGAUGGCGAGCCAAAGACAAAAACACACUUAUCCUCUGAGGGGAGGCAGCAAUCAGCCACUUCUACCAGACCGCUCCUCCAUCCACUGGACCAACAACACUGUGCUUUUUGACAACGUGCCCUCUGGUAGCGCGCCUGAGUCUUACAUCUCCAUUAUCCUGUUGUUCAUGGGUGUGAUCACAGCACGCAUCGGUCUAUGGUCCUUCGACCUGACAGUUACCCAGCUGUUACAGGAGACCAUCUGUGAGUCCGAGCGAGGUGUUGUAAAUGGGGUGCAGAGCUCUAUGAAUUACCUGAUGGAUCUGCUCCACUUCAUAAUGGUCAUCUCUGCUCCACAGCCACAGCAUUUUGGCAUCCUAGUUCUUAUUUCUGUGCUCUUCAUCACUACUGGACACACUAUGUACUUCCUGUAUGCGCACAAAGCCAAGAGAAAACGUCGCCAGGACACCUAAAGGAGCAGUCAUGUCCCCACAAAUCCAAGCAUGAGACACUGGGCCAGCACUGACCACGUGAAAUGAAUGUCUCCCCCUCCUGUUCCAACUUCUGACUUAGCCAUUCAUUUCAGCACACCACAGCAAGCGUCUGUCUCACCUCAGCUGCUUCCUUCCUGCAGGGCCUGCAUGUGACACAUAGGAAACCAGAACUCAGGUGCAAUAGAAUGGGAGCAACGCUGUAUCAUGAAUAUAAAUGGAUGCUAUAAAGGCAGCAAUGAAACCUCCAGGGGAUGUCCUAGUCUAAUUUACAGCAGGACUCUGGCUUCUCGACAUGCCUUUGGAAACCCUGCAGGAUUACUGCAAGGCACUCAAUGAAAGCGUGGAUGGAUGGAGACAUUUUUCACACACACAAAAGAAGCACAUUGACACAUGGAAAAGAAAGACGACAUAUGCAUUAAGUGGCACAGGUGUUACUGAUCCGUCCACUUGGAAAUAUUCCAGGAUGUCCCAAAAAAGGAACAUAAAGGGAACUACAAGUGAAAAAUGAGAAAGGCAGCUUCCCUUUUUAAUGGACAGUCGUGAAAGGACAAAACAUUUCCUUCCCCUGGUUUGUUUCUCUGUGGAUGAAUCAAGCAAACACUUACCAGUUGUACUGUUCUAAAAUCCUCACAUGGCUCGUGUAUUUGAAGAAUAAUCCAUUGAUCACAUAUGAGAGUGUUAUUUUUUGGCAUGUUUGAAUUCAACACCAGCUCUACAUGGACUAGCACUCCUAUUUUGUUUGUACUUCUUAUCAACUCACCAUUGCCUUACCUCAACAAAGGGCAACAACACUGUCGGGUGUAUAAGUUGGAGAUGACUUUUUGCUAUAUUGUAUGUCUUCAUAGCUCCGUCAUGUACAGUGGAUGAAGCUUCCCACAACCAGCAUCACC